ACUGAUACAUGGUACGGAUUCUCAAGAUGGGCUGCACAGAUCCACCGGCAGCAGGUCUAAAGCGAAGGACGACUGCAGCAUCUUGUUGGCUCUAAUAAACAAGACUGGGUCUUCCGUCUGUGGGUUGGGUUGAGAAGACGCUGUGAGGACAUUCCAUGAUAUUCUAACAGGGAAAGCAGGAAAGAUGUUUCAGCUCCCUGUGAACAACCUCACUCGGCUAAGGAAAGCAAGGAAAAAGGUCAAGAGGCUCUUAAGCGAUAUUGGCCUGGACUACUGCAAGGAGCAUGUAGAAGACUUUAGAGAGUUUUGUUCUGAUGAGUUUUACCUGAAGAAUAUGUGCUUGGAUGUUUGUAUGUGGGAUCCGUCCUGGACGAAGUCUCAGGACUACAGGACAAAGCAGUUUUGCUGUUCAGAUUGUCCCUUUGCUUCCAAGUACUUCUCAGCAUAUAAGAACCACUUCCGCAAUGUUCACAGAGAAGACUUUGAGAACCGCAUCCUUCUCAAUUGCUCUUAUUGCACAUAUAGUGGGAACAAGAGGACCUUGGAGACACACAUCAGACUCUUCCACAUGCCUCACAACUUGAUGAGACAGGGUGCAGGUAGCCCCCAAGGAACCUUAGCGGGGUUGAGAGAUGGAGUACGGGUAGACAGAUCUCUGUUAGGUGAUCGAAAGGAACAGGCUGUAUACUAUUGCAAGAAGUGCACCUAUCGGGACAGACUGUACAAUGUUGUACGUAGACACAUCUACAGGGAACAUUUUCAGCACGUGGCCACGCCUUACGUAGGCAGGUCUUCAGAGAAGUCGCAGAACAGUGAGGCAGCUUCUGCUAAUAGCGCAGGAAUUCACUGCAAGAGCUGCCUUUUUGUGCCUCGCACAUACGAGGCACUGGUGCAGCAUGUCAUUGAGUUCCAUGAGCGUAUUGGCCAUCAAGUGACUGCCCUGAUUGGCCACACCAGUGUUAUAGUGUCCAGGCCUCAGUCCCACAUUAUCAUAAACCAGAGGGCCACUAUGAUGAAUGCAGCACAACACGUAAACUGCUUCUCUAUGCCUAAGAUGGUAGGGCUACCUGUGGGCAACCACCUAAAGCAUGCUCCUGCAACGCUCAGUAAUGUCAAAGGCCAGGCCCACUCCAUUGCAGCCCAACCCAUGCGUAUUACGCUUCCUGACAAAUCCCUAAUGUCUGGGACGGUAUCACCGUCUCACUCUGCGAAACACCUCAUGGGUGGUAAAUUUGAUUCCCUGAGUUUUGCAGGCCGAGUCCAGUCUGGACUGUCUGUUUCACACUCUUCGCUCAAGUCCUUACCUCUCUCCUCAGCGAUGCAGGCAGCAACUGCAACAUUGUCAAGUAAGAGGGCGUCAGCUACUGCGUUUAAUUCAUCGCAAACCCAGAAGUGGAAGAUCUGCACCAUUUGCAAUGAGCUCUUCCCGGAGAAUGCUUACAGCGCACAUUUUGAGAAGGAGCACCAGGCAGAAAAGGUGAAAGUGAUGGCCAAGUAUAUCAUGAAGAUCCACAACUUCACCAGUAAGUGUUUGUAUUGCAACCGUUAUCUGCCAAGUGAUACUUUGCUGAAUCACAUGCUAGUCCAUGGACUGUCAUGUCUGCUGUGUCAUUCCACCUUUCAUGAAGUUGAGAAGGUAGUGGCUCACAAGAGGCAGUUUCACCCAAACGACACAGGCGAUCUUCCCACUAGCUCUCCACUUACAUUUGAUCUCACCCUUCAGCAGGGCAGUCCUAAGAAUGUGCAACUGAUAGUAACUACCUGUAGUAUGAAGGAGGCAACUGAGCCGUCCUCAACACCCUCUUCACAGAGCAGUGCUUCAGUCAGGGUCUCGAAGACGUGCACAAAGACCCCAGAGAGCCAGAGAGAAUCCACUCUGAAAAGCAUAUCACAAACUGCCGUACCACAGAAGACAGAAGUUGGCAAGACCCUUUGCCCACUGUGUUUUACCAUCCUGAAAGGCCCCAUUUCAGAUGCACUCGCGGUCCACCUACGGGAGCAGCACCAGGUGCUCCAGACACUGCACCCCGUGGAGAAAAAACUCACAUACAAAUGUAUCCACUGUCUGGGUGUUUAUACUAGCAACAUGACAGUGUCCACAAUCACUCUUCACUUGGUGCACUGCCGUGGUGUUGGGCAGACUCCAAGAGGUCAGGGCAGCAAGCCUAUCUCAACAUUGCGCUCUACGGGCACAGUUUCCCUGAAACGUGAGUUAGCUGCCUCAGAUGCGUCCGACCCAAAGAGGAAGAAAAUGGUAGAUCAGACUAGGUAUUACCCCACAGUUUUCGUGGAGAAGCCAGAAGAGCCUGUGGUCUUAGCCUUAGACCCCAAAGGUCACGCAGAGGAAUCAUACGAGGCACGUAAAGCUUUCCUCACUGCUUAUUUCAAUAGGCAUCCCUACCCAUCUCAAAGGGAAGUUGAGAAACUGGCUGCCAGCCUCUGGCUGUGGAAGUCAGAUGUCUCAAGUCACUUUGCUAACCGCAGGCGCUCGUGUGAGCGGGACUUUGUGACCAGGAAACCAGUUGUGUUGCUUGGCUUUAAUAUGCGAGCAGUAAACCGACUUAAGCAUGAUUUGAACUUUGACCCCGAAUGGUUCUUUGAAAACAAUAAUGAGGAUAAAAGCGAACAAUCAAGAACCUCAAAAGGGAGACUGAAGGAUUCUGUUGGUUUCUCUUAUGGGGAGGGAAACAGAGCUGUCCAGCAUAAGCUGGUGAGGCAGGCUCUAAACACUGGACAAAGUAGUCAGAGCAACUGUGCCUUCAAUUUUAAUCCUGUGUCUUUUGUAGAACCUAUAGCCAUUGACUCUGAUAGCGAAUCAGAACAAGAGGAGACCUCAACUGAGAAUGUGGAACAGAGAGUGAAAACGGUCCAAAACAAAGGAGGACUUUAUAAAGGGCCUGCUUUUCCACCAUUCAAUGUUCAUUCACAAAGAAAAGUACACAACUUUUUUACUGAAGCAAAGGAGAGGGAGAUGAGGCCAUCUACCAGAGCGGAGGCCAAAAGCCUGGAUGGCUCUGUUACCAGCUCUAGUCCUGAAGAAGAAAUCUGGUCAGGUAGCAUGUCCCCUGAUGAAAGCCACUACAGACAAACAGGACUUUUUGAAGAAAAGGGGAAUGAGGUGGGAUUGAUGGGUAGAUGA